CUCAGAUUUCCUUCCAUUACCUAGCUAUUCGAAAUACUAUACUUUGCAAAUUUGGUCAGUAUAAACAAACUGCUUAGGCCUGCCUUGAUACAUGUUGAUACUAAUAUUAUUACAACCAACAUUGUAAUAAGCAAAUUCUCAUUGACUUGUUACGCGUCGAUUGAUGUUGACGCUUAUUAUUCAAAUAUUAAGUAUUAAAAUAGUAUAAACGUAACGGUUUUUAGUAGAUAAAAUAUCUCGUAUUACAUAUUUUGUGUUUAAUUCUGUACUAAAAAAUGGUGGUAGGAAGGCGAUUACAAUAUUUGGUGGCUAGUGCAGUGUCACUGGCCACCGCCACUUUGGGCAUGUCUUCAGUAUGGUCUACGCCCGUGAUACACAAACUACAAAAUAACGAAACUAAUAUAGAAAUGAGUGACAAUCAAGUAUCAUGGAUGCUGAGCUUGUCUCCCGUGGGGUUUAUGUUUGGAAGUCUUGUAACCAGAUUCCUUUGCGAUCGAUUCGGGAGGCGCAGCACUUUGCUGUUUAGUGCCUUGCCUAUUGCUACGGGAACUAUUAUCGCAGCAACGGUAAACCAAGCGUGGAUGUUGCUAGUUAUGAAAUUAAUGUGGGGUUUUGGAACUGGAAUGAUAUCGAUGGUAGUAACCAUAUAUAUAGCCGAGAUAGCUGACAAAGAGAUUCGAGGUCGUCUGUCAGUUGGUACCCGAUUUAUGUUCAACUUUGGCGGUCUACUCAUGAUGUGCAUUGGGGCAUAUGCGACAUACGAAGUUAUGAAUUACUCGCUUUUAGUAAUGCCUGUGUUAUAUUUUACGGCGUGUUUGUGUAUACCGGAAUCCCCGUAUUACUAUCUGAAGGAGGGCAAAGAGGAUGCCGCUAAGAAAGAGUUGUUGAGACUGCGGGGGAGAGAGGAUGGUCUCGAAGAGGAAUUAGAAAGUAUGAAAUGUCAUGUCCAGAGAGAGAUGCGUAAUUCAAGUUCAACUAUAGAACUCUUUAGAGGGAGACAAUAUAGAAAAGCUAUCAUUAUUGUUUUUGGAUUAAAAUUUGCUCAAAUAAUGACAGGGACGCAAACGGUCCAGCAAUACUUGACAGUUAUUAUGAAAGAGAGUAAAAUAAACAUGGCCGUUCCAACGAUGAUGAUAAUUUACGGAGCUGUUAAAUUUAUUGUUGGUGUGAUGUCAUCAUUCUUGGCAGACCGAGUUGGACGCCGACCGCUUCUUAUUUACUCUUUUUUCGGAUACAGCGUCUCUUCAGCCAUUAUUGGUUUUUACUUUUUGAGUCUCGAAGUACUUUCCAUCGACCAUGAUUCUCUUAGACCAUAUAGUUUCGUAACGUUCUUUUGUAUUUUAGCCUCUAACGUCGUAUCCACUAUUGGUUUUAAUUCCAUCAUGGGAGUAGUCCAAGGUGAAGCCUUCCCCUUAAAUGUUAAGGCCGUCGCAAUUACAGUCCUAAAUAUCUAUGGAGGAGUACUAGGAUUCCUUGUGACGAAACUUUUCAAAAAAAUUAAAGAUCUUUCUGGGCUUUGUGGUGUUUUUUGGGUGUACGCCUCGAUAGCUUUGGUCGGGUCUAUUUUUGCCUAUAUCACUGUUCCUGAAACAAAGGGUAAAAGUUUAAGAGAAAUUCAAGCUAUGCUUCAGGGUGAGGUAUAUUACGCGAAUGGAGAAGAAUUGAAAACUAUGAAUGACAAAAGAGUUGAAAAUGAUGAUAGAAAUAGGGGAGAUGAGGAAGUGAUGGCUUCAGGAGAGCGAAAAUCGUUACAAAGUGCUAAUGCUUGAUUUAGAUACUUUUUACAUUUGUUAAUUAUAUAGCUUUACCGUGUAGCGUUCUAUUUGAGGUGCUCUUCUAAGACUAUUUAGAUAUAUGUAAUACUACCUAUACGUAUUCGAUAAAUGGUUUCUUAAAUUAUGAUUAUAUUUGUUAUUACUGUCUAUAAUAUGGUAAUUAUAUUUUAGGUUGUUUAAACUUUGUAUCUUAGUGAAAUUAAUGUGGUAAACUUAAUUUUAUAUUAAAGGCAACAACUACACUUAUGUAGAUAUAAUAUGUGUAAGGAACUUUUCUUAAUAUUUUUUUUAUAAUUCUUAUAAAGUACAGUAGGAUAAGAAGAAUAAUAAAAUUAUUCUUUUGAAAACCUCAAAUAUUUAGGAUAAGAUUGACAAAAUAAACAUGAUCUCAGGAUUGAUGAUAUUUUUUGUAUUUUGAUGUUUUAUUACAUUUGAAACAUGUCUUGAUUUUUCUUGAAUGAGGCUCAAAUAUUGAUUCUAAAAAAUUGAAGAAGUUUAUAAUAUAAUAAUACUAGCUUACCGCCCGCGGCUUCGCCCGCUUUCUCUAAAACGAUUUGAGAUUUAAACUAUCCUAUCUCUCAAGUUGGAU